AUGGGCAUCCUAGACGGUCCACCACCUCCCGACACCAACUAUGCGCCGACCUUCCUCGCCGUGACCGGUGUCUUCACACUCCUUGCCGUUCUCCUCUGCGGUGCGCGCAUCUAUUCGCGGAUACGGCCAACUUUCAACAUCCGCGUGGACGACUACCUCAUAUUAACAGCUACCAUACUAUGCCUCGUCGACCUCUCCCUCUCCAUCGCCUCCUCCGUCCACGGCUGGGGCCACCACAGCUACUACGUCACCCCCUCAGACGUCAUCCAAGUAAUGAAGAUAAACUUCGUGCAACAAGUCGUCUGGAUCGCCGCCAUCGCUCUAACGCGCCUAUCCAUCGCGCUGUCUCUCCUCCGCCUGAGCCCGGACCGGUACUGGAAAAUCACCCUCUGGAGCAUCGUCGUGAUACAGAUGGUGACGUAUUUCGGCCACAUGUUAUUCCAGUUUGCGAACUGCCGGCCGCUGCGAGCGAGCUGGAUGCCGGUGUACGACGUGCGGUGCUGGCCGAGGCGCUAUGUGCUUGUGUUUGGGUGGGUGGCGAACAGUUUAUUAGUUUUGAACGACGUGAUACUAGCCUUGCUCCCCAUCCACCUCAUCCUCACGCUGCACCGCUCGACGCGCGAGAAGAUCCUCAUCUGCUGCCUCAUGGCCAUGGGGCUGGUAGCGGCUGCUAUAGCGGCGUACCGCAUGGGGAUUUCCGACGCAACCUUUGCGGGCGACUUGAUCUCUUCGACCGUCAUGAUGAGCAUGUGGUGCAUGCUAGAAGUACUGCUUGGCAUUAUCGCGGCGUGUUUGGCGCCGCUGAAGGCGCCGGCUGAAAGAGUGCUGCAUAGGGCGGGCGUGCUGAUUACGAGGGGGGAGUUGACGAGGCCGAGUUUUGUGAUGAGUAUGGGGGAGCAGGAGGUGGGGGACGAGGUGCCGCCGAGCAGGAGGACGGAUGAUUCGGGGUUGAAGGAUAGUGUGCAUUCGGGUCAGGGAGGGAAGACGAAGACGGGUGUGUUGACCGUGGAGGUUGCGCAGGGAGAUAGGAAUAAUGGGGAUGUGUGCCGGAAAGGAAGGAAGUCGUUUGCGCCGCCAGAACAAGGGCAAGCUCUGGCGACCUCCGUCGAUGCAGUACGAAAGGACAAACUGAUUCUAAAGCAAGUAUCUCCAGAUGAAGGUACGGUGAGUCUCACCUUCAACAAAUCACCUGAUGACGGGUCUUGCGGUGCCCUUCGAUACUUCUCCCAAGGCGACGAGAUAUGCAAAGUUGAUAAGAUGUCCUUGGAUGUCAUCAAGGAUACGGUGCUCGUGGAAUUUGUGAAGUACUUCGAACCCUCAGGCAGGCGAGAUGACGAACUUCGUAAUGCAAAGAUGAGGAGUGGAGGAGCAUAG